AUGAGCGUAAAGGAGAAUAAUUUUGAGGUAAAAUUCCCAGCCGUUCUAGCACUAGAAGUCCCCACAAAAAGAAAGGCCGACUCAUUAUUGAAAAAUUCUUUCACUUUAUCAAGGUCGUCAAACGCUGAAUCACUGAGCAAUAUUCGUAUGCAAACUUACACAAGGCUUUACAGCAGUAAAAAAUUUUCUAUACCAAUAGCUCCUCAAGGCCAAUCAACAGCUAGGAUAAAUCAAGAUUCAGAGAUUUUCCCUGGAAUAACAAAGGAAAAAAAAUUAAACAUGACAAGUAUAUCGUCUAAACAACUGAAAUCAAAACCAGGAACUAGAGAAUUUUCUAAACAAUCUACAGCAUGCCCAGCACCUACUCGUAAAGCUGAAAAUAAUGAAAAAAAGGUAAAAGAAAGCAUGUUUGAAGUCCAAAGAGUUCUAAUCCCCCAUCCUUGACCGAACGAUUUUCAUAUAAUGUAGUUUUGAUAUAAUAAUCAAUAAAGCAAAAUCAUACACCUAUUUUAUAUAUAUUUUUUUACUUCCAUCCUUGAAUAAUUUUUUUUUAUAUAAUAAUUAAGUAAUUUUUUCUAAAGAAAGGUUUUUAGCUGCAUGGCAGAUUUUAAUAAAGCAAGUGUUUCGAUAAAUGAUGUGCGAUAAGUGAUAAAUUAGAGCUUAUUAGAGAUCUUGCAACUUAUGAAAAUGAUUUUUCGAAGACCAAAGAAUUAUCAAUAUCUUUAGGAAGAUUGAGGAUGCUAUCAACAUCAAUCCCAGAUAUUUAUGGAGAAAAUGAAAUAAAUCAGGUUGAAGAAAAAGCGAUACUUCAAAAAUUAAAUGAGGGGCUGGAUUCGAUUUUGAAAAUGGGAGCUGAGACUAAGCAUCUAGAAAAUGAAGGCAAUAUUGAAAAUGAGAUUUUUGACCUUAAAAGCAGCUACCAGCUGCGAAAGUUUGAAUCUGUAUACCAAGGGAUAUUUAAAAUAUCCUCUAUUUCAUGUAUAAUGUGCUUAAUUAAGCAUUUCGGAGAACUAAAUAAUCCAGUAGAAAUUUCUUAUAGUCUGUCAAUUAGAUCCAAAAUCCAAGAACAUCAUAUAAUAAAUUUUCGAAGCGAUAAAUGGUUGGAGUACAUAGAAAUCAGUGUUGAAACAUCAUUUGGAGAUGCUUUUAAUAUAAACGUAAGGGUGCCUAUUUCCAACUCCCAUCAAGAUAAAAAGCAAAUAUAUUCAUAUACAAAAAAGAGCAUUCUUCCACAUCUUUACUUCAUCUAUUCCAACAAUGAACUGAAAUUGCAAUAUGACUAUAGGCAUAGCCACACAUUUUAUAGUCUUAUUUGCGAAAUCAGAGGGUUUGGUCUUUGCUCUGUUCAGCUCACAGAAAGUGGAGACCAGCAAGUUCAUAUCCAAGUUAGCUCAAUAGAUGAUGCUUUAGAAGUCCCUCUUGCUCCCUCCCCUCAUGAGCGAACAAAAAAAUUUUGCUCAUUCACGGAGGUGGUUAAUUUUUUUUUUUAAAAACAUUAAUAUAUAAAUUUUAUGUGAAAAUUGUGAAGUAAAAAUUAAUUUAAUUUGCAAAAUUAUAAUUUAAAAUGCAAGCUGUUUAAAAAUUAAGCAGAAUUAGCUAGAGAUUUUAUUAUAUUAAUUAUCACUUAUAUAUCAAAAUUUUUUUGAUAAUAUUUUUCAAUUAAAAAUUUUUGUCACUCACGGAGGUGGGUUUUUGGGGUUCCUUCACACGACGCCUACACCAUAACGACUAUUUUUUUGGCCUAUUUUUUUUGACCUAUUUUUUUUUUGGCCUGUUUUUUUUUAGCCUAAUUUUUUUGGCCUAUUUUUUUUUGGCCUAAUUUUUUUUUGGCCUAUUUUUUUUGGCCUAUUUUUUUUUGGCCUAAAUUUUUUUGGCCUAUUUUUUUUGGCCUAUUUUUUUUGGCCUAUUUUUUUUUUCGCCUAUUUUUUUUUUGUCUAUUUUUUUUGGCCUAUUUUUUUUAGCCUAUUUUUUUUGGCCUAUUUUUUUUGGGCCUAUUUACGUAUUUAUCUAUUUUUAAGAAGCCUUCCUUCACACUAGCAAUACUAAAAUUAAAACUUUUUAUUUUCGACUUACUCCCCCCCCCCCUCCGUGAGCGAACAAAAAAAUUUUGUUCACUCACGGAGGGGGGUUAAUUUUUUUUUUUUAAAAAAAAUUUAUAUAUAAAUUUUAUAAAAAAUAUUUUUUUCGAAAUUUAAAAAAAUCCUAAUUUGCAAAAAUUGGAAAGCAAAUAUUAAUUUAAUUUGCAAAAUUUAUGUUUUAAAAACGCAAUUUGUUUAAAAUUAAACAGAAUUAGCUCUAGAUUUCAUUAUACUAAUUAUCACUUAUAUAUCAAAAUUUUUUUCCAUUAAAAUUUUUUUCUAUUAAAAAAAUUUUUGUUCGCUCACGGAAGGUGGGUUUUUGGUCAAAAAAUGGUGAUUUUUCUAAUGGUUUUGUUCGCUCACGGAGGGGGGGGGGAGUUAGUGACGUCGAUAAUAAAAUGGCAGACCAGGUGGCAUUCAAGCUAUCAAUUCGUGAUGGUAGAAUUGCUUUCUGUCAAGGCUAUGCAUAUAGAGUAAAUAGGAAAGAUCCCAGUAUAAGGAGAACAUACUGGAAGUGCAUCAAAUACUCACUUCCCCUUACAACUUUUUUGCUCAUACUCGAAAUUGCAAAUAUGUACAAAAAAAGAAUUUAAUUCAGCUUGUAAAAUUAAGCUUAAGAACGCACUUUAACUAAAUGCUAUGUGAUUAUUUAGAGAUUUUAUUUUAAUAACCAUAAUUUAUAUAUAGUCUUAUAAAAUAAAUUUGUUCACUUUUUUUUUUAAAAACAGAUUUUUGAAUGAUUUUGCUUUCUAAUAGGAUGAGAGUUAGAAGGUUGCCCUGCACAAUGGUCACAGAAAAUGAUUCCUUAAUAAACAUCAAAGGAAAUCAUGAUUUUCACCCUCCCAAUCAAGCUGAAAUUAGCGCUAAAUUGGAAUUAAAAGAAAGCUUGAAAAGGAAUUUGAACGAAAAUCCUUUUGGAGAAAUUCAACAAUGGCCAGAGACUUACUCAGCAAUGUGCCUAAAAAGAUAAAGUUAUCUCAAGAAACUAAAGUAAACCUGCCAUCACAAAGGAGUAUUGAAGCUGCUCUUUACAGAGAGUGCGAAUCAAGUGUUUCAGAGCUUCCUAAUAGUUUGGCAGAAUUGGUGCUUGAAGACAAUGACUAAUGACAACUUGGAGUUUUUACUUAUUGAAGAUGGAAUUGAAGAUAAAAUCCUUGUCUUCGGAACUAUUUUAGAGCUUCAAAAGCUGUGUGGAUGCAAUGUCGUGCUUAUGGAUGGAACUUUUCAGCCCUAAAGCCUUUCAAAUUGACUUUGAGAUGGCAGUUAUCAAUGCAAUAGCCAUUCUGUUUCCUUAUGCUCAAAUCAGAGGUUGCUUCUUUCAUUUCUCGCAGUGUUUUUGGCGCAAAAUUCAAGAGUUAGGCUUAGCAACAAAUUACAAGACUGAUGGCUCAGCACUUAGAAGUUACGCCAAAGUCAUUCAAUCUUUAGCUUUAUGUCCUUUGGACCAAAUAGAUGAAGCGUGAGAAAUCAUAGCAUCAUUUGAGCCAGAAGGGGAAAGAGUUCAAGAAUUUACAGCAUAUUUUAUGAGAACAUGGCUGCUAUCAAAUGCAAAAUUCAGACGCGAAUUUUGGAAUCACUUUGACAAUGAUGGUAUGCGGACUACCAACAAUCUUGAAGGCUAUCAUCACGCACUAAAUAAGUUAGUAGGGGCUGCUCACCCAAAUAUUUUAAAAUUCAUUGAAAUCAUAAAGAAUGAGCAGCAGAUAUUCAGAAAAGUUUUGGCUAAUAUUGCAGGCAGAGCCAAACCACCCAACAGUAGGGAAAAAUACAGGCUUUUGCAUGAAGCUGUUGAGAGGACAAAAACUUUAAUGAGGAGAGGAGACAUUUCUUUAAGCGAUUAUAUUGAGCAAAUUAAGCGGAAAAACUCCUAAUUAAUUCGAAAAAUUCUCUAAUUUAAAAAAAAUAAGUAAUUAGUAUUCUAAAUGCUGAACGACCUGUGAAGGGGAAUAAAAAUUUACUUAUAUUAUUUUUUUUGAAAAAAAAUGAUUAAAAUUUAUAUUAGGCCCAAAAAAAUAGGCCAAAAAAAAUAGGCAAAAUAAAUAGGCUAAAAAAAAAAUAGGCUAAAAAAAAUAAGCCAAAAAUAAAUAGGCCAAAAAAAAAUAGGCCAAAAAAAAAUAGACCAAAAAAAAUAGGCCAAAAAAAAAAUAGGCUAAAACAAAUUAAAUUAGGCCAAAAAAAAAUAGUCCAAAAAAAAAUAGGCCAAAUAAAAAUAGUCGUUUUGGAGUAGACCUCGUGUGAAGAAAGGGGUUUUUGGGCAAAAAAUAGGGAUUUUUCAAAUGUUUUGUUCGCUCACGGAGGGGGGAGUUAGCAUAAUUACCCCUAAAAGCAGUUUAUUCCUUGAGAAUUCUGACUGAAUAAAAAGAGUGGUUCAGAAGUAUUUAAGCUAUAUCCCGCAAAUGAAUGGCCUUUAUUGGCAAGAGACUGAUGAUCAAGGAUAUAUAUUUUCCCAAAAAGAAGCUUGCUCUCUGUUAAUGAAUGCUGAGUAUCUAAAGGAAGAGUUCGAUAUUUUGAUGUUUAGUGAAGUUUAUGCAUUUGAGAUAAAGUUAGGAAACUCUAUUUUUAAUCUCCAAUGCUUUGGCUCAUCUCAGCACGUUAAGUUUACAGCAAAGUAUGAUAAUGAUGUGGUUGAUGUAUCUCCAGAGUCAAAAAGCUUUAAACUUCUUACCGAUUUGCAGUCUCUAAACCUCAGAAAAUGCACGGCCACUCUUAGAAAUUCUUUAGAAUUAGAGCUAUUUUUUCGAAAAAUAUUUCCAAAAGCAUUUUUAUGUAAAAAUAAAGAAAAUUAA